CGACGGAAUCGGAAUAUAUUCUUUGUGACACCAAGGCCGCUUCCGGUUGACGAGGACACGUCACUCAUUCGCUUAAGGAAGUGGACCUGUGCAAAACUCGCUCGUUGACCUCAUUUGUGCAAAUAAGACGGCAAAAUCAUGUCGAAUUCAGUCAUAUCGGUUAUCUCUCGGUUUCUAGAGGAGUACACCACCACGACGCCCAACAAACUGAAGGUGGUGGAUGCAUAUUUGCUGUACAUCUUGCUGACAGGAGCGCUGCAGUUCCUCUACUGUCUACUCGUUGGCACCUUCCCCUUCAAUAGCUUUCUGUCGGGCUUCAUCUCGUGUGUGGGCGCUUUCAUUCUCGGAGUGUGUCUUCGUAUCCAGAUCAACCCACAGAAUAAAGGAGAUUUCCUGUCCAUCUCCCCAGAGAGAGCCUUCGCUGACUUCCUAUUCGCUCACACCGUCCUCCAUCUGGUUGUGAUGAACUUCAUUGGUUGAAACAGAUGUGAAUCUGACUCCGUGUCCCCCUCUUAGAAGUUAAGGACAAGAGAAGAUCCCCUUCCAGACAUGAUACAUCCCGCCAUCAACACUGAAUUAGUUGCAUCAUUUUCUUACAGAUAAUGAUUGAGUUCUUGCAUUCUUUUUUUUUUUUAUAUUAAAAAUUUGUAAAGCAUUCCCCUUUGCACCGAGAAGAAAAAAUAAAAACAACUCAAAUGGUGACCUGGA